AGACAGCAAAGGUUAUCGUAUAAUAACACGUGAUUUUCAUGACAAAGAAAUAUACAAUUUAUUGAUUACUUGUUUGUAAGGAGAAGAAAUAUCAUAAGUAAAUAGGUGAAGUUAUAUGCACAGUAUGUCUGCAUGGCAAACAGUAGCUGGUUAUAAAUCUGCAAACAAAAAAUCUACAUCUAAACCUGGGAAUUCAUUGCUUACAGCAAAAGUGGAUAAGGAUAAACCACCUAAAAAACGCACCCAUUCAGACGUAUCUAGUGACUCCAAUAAUAGUGCAGACUUAUCUAGUAUAAAGAACUUUCAAAAAGAUAUCGAUGACAUUAAAUCAAAACUUGAAGGUGUGCCUAGGAGGGAGGAACUUGACAGAGUAACAAAGGAUCUGGUAAAAGCUAGUGAUCUUGAGCAAGUAGUUACUGUAAUUGUUAAAAAUCUGAUGAACGAAUUUGAAAUAACAUUGCAACACAAGAUUGAUGAAAAAGCUGAAGAAAUUAAACAUGAAAUGCAAAAGCAAUUGGAAGUUUUAGUUCUAGAAAACGAAGAUUUAAAGAAACAGAUGUCAGCUUUACAGUAUCCAAAUUCAACAAUUAGAAGAGACCUUAAUAGAACAAGUCGACUUUCAAAACAAGCUGAUAUAAGCAGCAAUUAUAACGAGCAGUAUUCAAGAAAAAAUAACAUUAAAAUACUUAAUUUUCCAAGAAAGGAACAACAAGAUUUAAGAAAGGACUUCAUGGAAUUUGUCAAAAAUGAACUAAAUGUUCAAUUAGAAGAAAGAGACGUGGUUGCAAUCCACCGAAUACCGUCUCAAAAGGCUGGGCCCUAUCCAGUUAUUGUUAAACUAUUCAACAGUGAUGUUAAACGUAAGAUUAUGAGAUGUAGAAAAGAAUUGACUAGUAAGAUUAAGUUUGUGGAUAACGUUACUCAAAGAAAUAUGGGCCUAAUUAAGAGACUAAGAGAAACGGAAGAAUUUGAAUCUGUCUGGUAUUAUAAUUGUGGAAUUUAUGGUAGAACGUUUUCAGGACUUCAACUUAAAUUUGGACUAUAUGACGACAUUCACUACAGGCUACAACAAGGAAAAUAGAUGUUACUGAAAUAGACCCCACGGACAUAUUGAGAAUUCAACUUCGCUGCUGAUAAUUGACUUAUUUACCCUUCUUUAAAUUAACAAAAUCAAAGUUAUCUCCCUUAUGGUCAUAGUUUUCCUACAUUUUAAAAUGUCAAGCAUUACGCAUAUGUUGUUUUUUGUUAAAAUAAAUUAUGUAGUAUUUUUCUUUUAUUUUAAUACUACUUUUGUAUGUAACUUCUUCUAAAGUUUGCUAUGAAAUGAAUGUGUUAAAAGUAUUGGAUAUCACUGUUGAUUCCUGAUCGAAGCUUGUCAGUAUGUGUAUGUAGAAAAUUUGUAUAUUGAUUCAGUUUGAACAAUUGUUAUGUAUUUAUUACUCAGUAUGUAUGUAAUGAGAAUGCAUGAGGAUUGGUAAAAAUAUGUUUACUUAAUAUAUUACUUUGUCAAGGUCUGGGAGAUGUAUCAUUGGGAGAUGUUUUUUGGGAUUUCGAAAUGAUAACCUAUAUUGUCUACAAAACACUGAUUUCACAGUAGAUCUAGAAAAAAAUAUAAGUAUAUUAAAAUUAUAAACACUCAAAAUGAGUUAAUCUCAAGUUCAAAUAUUGACAUUUUCUAAUCGCUUGAAUCAUAUUAUAUAUGUGAACUUGCUACUUUAAUGGUCAUACUGUUG